CCGGAGCCGCGGGCGAGCGGGGUCUGGUGGAGGAAUUCGGCGCGCGAGGCGCGUCCUCCAGCCCCGCCGCGGCUGCGCGCCGCCGCCCGAGCACUCCUCUUCCUUCCCUCCCCUCCCCUGCGCUCCGGCCUGGGGUCUCGGGGCGGGGAGCGGAGGGAAGGGGCGCGGGAGGAGGAACCGAAAGCCGAGUGAGGGGCGGAGGGGUCCCGGCGCGGGGCGAGGCGCGCGCUGCCGCUCGCGCUCCGGCCGUGGCCCGGCGCCUGCGGGGCUCCCCGGGCGCCCGCAGCAUGCAGGCGGACUGCCGGCCACCGCGAUGGCGAGCCGGGCGGUGGUGAGAGCCGGGCGCAGUCCGCACGGUCCUCGAGUCCGGGCCGCGGCCGCCGCCCCCGCCCGGGCCGCGCUCCCCCCCUCCGGCUCCUGCGCCCUCCCUGCGCGCGCCAGCUCCUCCUCCUCUUGCUCCUUCCCCAUGCCUCAGUUCCUCCUGCUCGUCCUCAUCCUGCCCCUGCUGCUCGAGGACGCUGGAGCCCAGCAAGGUGAUGGAUGUGGACACACUGUGCUAGGUCCUGAAAGUGGAACCCUUAUGUCCAUAAACUACCCGCAGACCUAUCCAAACAGCACCGUUUGUGAAUGGGAGAUCCGUGUAAAGACGGGAGAUAGAGUGCGCAUCAAAUUUGGUGACUUUGACAUUGAAGAUUCUGAUUCUUGUCACUUUAAUUACCUGAGAAUUUUUAAUGGAAUUGGAGUUAGCAGAACUGAAAUAGGGAAAUACUGUGGUCUGGGGUUACAAAUGAACCAUUCAAUUGAAUCAAAAAGCAAUGAAAUUACAGUGCUGUUCAUGAGUGGAAUCCAUAUUUCUGGACGAGGAUUUUUGGCUUCAUACUCGGUUAUAGAUAAACAAGAUUUAAUUACUUGUUUGGACACUGCAGCAAAUUUUUUGGAACCCGAGUUCAGUAAGUACUGCCCAGCUGGUUGUCUGCUUCCCUUUAUUGAGAUAUCUGGAACAAUCCCUCAUGGAUAUAGAGAUUCCUCACCAUUGUGCAUGGCUGGCAUACAUGCAGGAGUCAUAUCAAACAUUUUGGGUGGCCAGAUCAGUGUUGUAAUUAGUAAAGGUAUCCCAUACUAUGAAAGUUCCUUGGCUAACAACGUCACAUCUGUGGUGGGACACUUAUCUACAAGUCUUUUUACAUUUAAGACAAGUGGUUGUUAUGGAACACUGGGGAUGGAAUCUGGGGUGAUAGCCGAUCCUCAGAUAACAGCAUCAUCUGUGCUGGAGUGGACUGACCACAUGGGGCAGGAGAACAGCUGGAAGCCAGAAAAGGCCAGGCUGAAAAAACCUGGACCUCCUUGGGCUGCUUUUGCCACUGAUGAGUAUCAGUGGUUGCAAAUAGAUUUGAAUAAGGAAAAAAAGAUAACAGGCAUUGUAACCACUGGCUCCACUAUGGUGGAGCAUAAUUACUAUGUGUCAGCCUACAGAAUUCUGUACAGUGACAAUGGGCAGAGAUGGACUGUGUACAGAGAGCCUGGUGUGGAGCAGGAUAAGAUAUUUCAAGGAAACAAAGAUUAUCAUCAGGAUGUGCGUAAUAACUUUUUGCCACCAAUUAUUGCACGUUUUAUUAGAGUGAAUCCCACUCAGUGGCAGCAGAAAAUUGCCAUGAAAAUGGAACUGCUUGGAUGUCAGUUUAUUCCUAAAGGUCGUCCUCCAAAACUUACUCAACCGCCACCUCCUCGGAACAGCAAUGACCUCAAAAACACUACAGCCCCUCCAAAAAUAGCCAAAGGUCGUGCCCCAAAAUUUACUCAACCACUACAACCUCGCAGUAGCAAUGAAUUUCCUGCACAGACAGAGCAAACAACUGCCACUCCUGAUAUCAAAAAUACUACUGUAACUCCAAAUGUAACCAAAGAUGUAGCCCUGGCUGCUGUCCUUGUGCCUGUGCUGGUCAUGGUCCUCACAACUCUCAUUCUCAUACUAGUAUGUGCGUGGCAUUGGAGAAACAGAAAGAAAAAAACUGAAGGCACCUAUGACUUACCUUACUGGGACCGGGCAGGUUGGUGGAAAGGAAUGAAGCAGUUUCUCCCUGCCAAAUCUGUGGAACAUGAGGAAACUCCAGUUCGCUACAGCAGUAGUGAGGUUAAUCACUUGAGCCCAAGAGAAGUCACCACAGUGCUGCAGACAGACUCUGCAGAAUAUGCACAGCCACUUGUGGGAGGAAUUGUUGGCACACUCCAUCCAAGAUCUACCUUUAAACCAGAAGAAGGGAAAGAAGUGGGCUACGCUGACCUCGAUCCUUACAACUCCCCUGUGCAAGAAGUCUAUCAUGCCUACGCUGAACCACUCCCAAUAACUGGACCAGAAUAUGCAACCCCAAUCGUCAUGGAUAUAUCAGGACACCCCACAGCUUCAGUUGGUCUGCCUUCAACGUCUACUUUCAAAGGUACAGGAAACCAGCCUCCCCCUUUAGUGGGAACAUACAACACUCUUCUUUCCAGGACUGACAGCUGUUCCUCAGCCCAGGCCCAGUAUGAUACCCCAAAAGGUGGGAAGCAGGGCCCAAGUGCGCCAGAGGAAAUGGUGUAUCAGGUGCCACAGAGCACACAGGAGGUAUCAGGAGCAGGGAGGGAUGGUGAAUGUGAUGUUUUUAAAGAAAUCCUUUGAGGGUGAUGCUGCUUUUUACAAAGCAUCAUUUUAAAGCACAUGGCCUUGUUUUUUUUUGUAUUAGUGGUAGUAAUAUAUAGAAUGUAUUAUGUAUCUGUCACAGAUGUGGUUGGAGGAAAUGUGAUGCCCGAGGUACAGGAAACUACUAAUCUUGCCAUCUUGCUCUUAAAAGUGUUAUGUGGCAAUUACUGCUUGCCUAUUACAUUUUGAACAUCCUGUUUGUUACUACUGUAAGACACUUUUUAAUACAGAAAAGGCUUCCUACUAUGCACUUCAAAGAAAUUAAUCACUGAACGUAUUUAUUACCAAUGCUGCAGAUACAUUAAUGAACUUAAGAGAUGGCUCUGUAAGCCUGACUGGCAAUAAUGCAUGGUACUGUUCUAGAAAUGUCUAAUGGCUUGAAAUUUUACUCUUUGUGAAAGGUAGGUACUAUCAUGAUUUCCUCCUCUUUUACUCCUGUAUUGAUUUCUGGAUUUUUAAAAAAUUGAUAGAAUCAUUGUUUUGACUGCAAUCAUAUGCAGUUGUCUGUCUUUUCCUUAGGAAAAUCUGUAGCUGGGAAACUGACUUGUAAUGAGCAGGGUGACUUUUUUUUUUUUUUUUUUCCCACUUUCAACACCCUUAAGAGCUUUUAACACUUCAUGGUACAUGGCUUGGUCUCAUGCCUGCUUAUUCCUCCUGGGGUCCUUGGAGGCCAACUCUGUUAAGUUUAUAAGACUUUUUCUUCCCCCAGUGGGUAAUGAUUGCUUUAUCAACUUCAUGAAUCUAUCCUAAGUAUACUUCUCUGUGGAAACAGGAACAACUUUACAAUUUAAAGUUAUAAAGGCGAUUUUGUCCCUUGCACCCAACUGUAUUUGCAGUGGGAAUUUCCUUAGGAGAAUGAUUAAAACUUGACUUUUAAGUGAACCCCAUAAAUACUUACAUUUAUGACAGUGAAAGGCAAAAUCAUUCCGCCGAGAAGUAACCAGAAUUUGUCCUCUUUCACUAAAGAUUUUUAAUCUCAAGCUAUCUUACUGUUAAAUAGAAUUUUAAAAAUUUUUAUGGUAAACUAUAAUAAUAUAAACCCAGAUGUAUUCUUCAGCUCUGCAUGAUUGUGCCCUCAUCUGUCUGGUGAGUAGCCCUAUAUCUCAAAUCUAGGGAACAGAUGUGAUUGCAUCCUAGCAAGUGAAUAUUCAGGUCUUAUUUUUUAUAUAUCUCUGGGCAACUUCUUUGUCACUUGUCCAGAAGUCAUCUUCAAUUUCUUCAUGUAGUAUUAAAACCACCUUUUAGAUUGUCAAGGUGACAUGAUUAAAAUAUAUAAAUUUGACAUUCCCUCUUCUGUAAAUCUUAGUCUACAGACUUAGAUUUAAUAUUGAGAUGUAUUUUCUCACGAAGGUCUAGUCAUUUCUUUUGCCCUGCCUCCAAAUUAUGUCAAGUCACUAAAUUGAAUAACAAUGGACAAUGUUCAUUUUGCUUGCUUCCGAGAAUAUCAGUGAUCAAAAACAGAACUAUUGAUUUCUGCUUUCUAGUUGUGUGAUUGUUGGAUUUAUUUUCAUUUACUUUUUCUUGUCCACACCAGAACAUAUUUUGUUUCAAAAUAUUUGAAACAAAAAGCACAGAUAUUGAACUUUUUAAAACAUAUGAAUGUGUAAAGCACAUGUAUUAAUGCAGUCAUCCCCUUUCAGGUGGGAAGAGAGUAAACCAAUUGCUUUAUUUUUUUAUUCAUCUUUAGUACAGAGAAUAUACUUUUCUUCAAAUCAUGCCUGUUUGAAGCUUUAAGAGAAAUGUUUCCAGUAACUAUUUCAUUUUUCCAAAGAUGCUUGCUAUUUUUAUGUAAUUGUGUGCACCUGAUUGUUUUUCCCAUGGAACUUUGAGGCAAAUGUUUUCUUUAAAUAAUGCAUACUUUAAGACUUGAUUCAUAAUUGCCACUCUGCUGUUAAACUACCAAUGAUUUUUACACAAGUUUUUACUACUUUUAUAUAUCUUACUUUCCAAAUGAAGAGCUGAGCCUGAUACAAAGGGUGAUUCUGGUUUUGUACUUUUGAGUUUUUGUUUUCAUAGUAAUGAAGAAUUGGUGUUUUUGUUGUUUUUCUACUUUUUAUGUCAUGUAUUAUAUAUAUAGCUUUGGAGACAAUCAAGUAACAACUGUGAAAGUAACCAUAAAAAAUUCUGAAUUUUAAGUCUUUUAGGUGUUUCAAGAAUUAAGUCACUGUGUUUUAUUGGAUUUUUUUUCCAAUACAAUUAUAAAAGUAGAAUCAGACAGUGGUGUAGCAAAUGUGGCCAUUAUAGGUUUCAUAAAAUUACACUAACUUCGCUGUUACUUGAUCUUAGGAAACCAGCACAGUUAAAGAUAUUGUGAAUGCUGAUUUAUAUUUUAUUAAAAGCUAUAAGUAAAUAGAUCCUAUUGUAUGUGCAGGAUCUAGUCCAGUUAUUUAAGUUCAUGUUUCACUAUUUGCACUUUGCAUUGAACAAUGGGUUUAUUCACUGAUGAAAUGGUUCGAGUAGAAAAUUUUUUAUACAGUAAUUGAAGUUGACAUUAUGCAUAUACUUGCCCUUCCUCCCCCCAGGGGGGAGCAGGAAAUGAGCUCAUCUAAACGUGACAUAAUUCUAUGGAAAGUGAUAAUGGUUGAACUUCUCUGCCUUGGCUCCACAUUGUUACCUGGAGAGCAAGAGCAAUACAGAAACACCAUGUCAGAUGAUAAAAUUAGAACUGAGUAGGUGGGAUAGAGAGCUUUUGAAACCACCAUAAGAAACGUGAAGCUCUACCUGAAACAAAAUAACCUUGUCCCUGCCUCUCAGUUUGAACUUGAAGUCCCUAAACUGCAAAACCUAAAUAAGAGUUGCGUGCUAUUUAAUACACUUUUUAGGUUAACUGUGGCACCAACUCUUAUUUAAUCCAACUUGUGACUAGUUUUUUCAUCUCUUUUUAUUUUUAUUUUUUUUUUUUUUGGUGGUGGGGAGGGAGGGUAGGGGGUGCUGGGAAAGGUAGGAAAAAACAUGUAUGAAAUGCAUAUUGGAAAUAAAAAUGGCUUGAGUGUCAGUGAUAAUCUCCCAGAAUGUACUUUUCUUACCUCGGCAUGUACUGUAGUCACUCAGUAUUUGUAUAUGUUGCUAGAAUUUAGAUUGUAUAAAUAGUGAGAUUUUAAUGUGUUUGUGUGUUUUUAAUAAAUUGUAUAUAUGUAUUGCUCUGAGGUUUGUACGCUUUUCUCC